UUUAGCUGAUGAGCUAGCACACUGCUAAUCACAACUGCGUCCUUAUGAUAAUAUGUUAAAAAACUUAAUGGCGUUAUUCAGAAUAUCUCAGUCUUGAAUCGGACACUGACAUGCCGUUGAAACCCUGACGACUGAAAAUAAAACAUCUGUCCGAAGAGGCAGGGAUCAGUCUGAUGAGGGGGCCCCUAAAGCUGGCAGGAUGCAGCAGAAGAGGAACAUCCAGAUCAUUGAGUGGGAGGACCUGGACAAGAGGAAGUUCUAUUCCUUCGGGGUGUUCAUGACCAUGACCAUCCGGGCCACCGUCUACCCGGCGACACUCAUCCGCACUCGGCUCCAGGUGCAGAGGGGCAAAUCGCUCUACAGCGGUACCUUCGACGCCUUCUUCAAGAUCCUGCGGACGGAGGGCGUACGGGGCCUGUAUCGCGGCUUCAUGGUCAACACCUUCACCCUCAUCUCAGGCCAGGCUUACAUUACCACCUACGAGCUGGUGAGGAAGUACGUCUCCCAGUAUUCUGAUGACAACACGAUCAAGUCGCUGGUGGCGGGCGGCUCGGCCUCGCUGGUCGCUCAGAGCAUCACUGUCCCCAUAGAUGUCGUUUCUCAGCAGCUGAUGAUGCAGGGCCAAGGGGAGCACCUGUGCCGCUUUCGGCUCAAUUCAAGCACAGAGACUGGAAAAUCCAAAAAAAUGUUUGGCCAAACGAGGAACAUUAUGGCUCAGAUAUUUGCUGCUGAUGGUUUCCGGGGCUUCUACAGGGGCUAUGUGGCUUCCUUACUCACCUACAUCCCAAACAGCGCUGUCUGGUGGCCUUUCUAUCACUUUUAUGGUGAGCAGCUCUCGAAACUGGCUCCCAGUGACUGCCCUCAUCUGAUUCUACAAGCCAUUGCUGGGCCGCUUGCUGCUGCUACUGCCUCUACUGUCACCAACCCGAUGGAUGUUGUCAGAGCCAGAGUGCAGGUUGAAGGAAGGACUUCAGUCACUGAGACGUUCAGGCAGCUGAUCAAAGAGGAGGGCUUCUGGGGAUUGACCAAAGGACUGUCGGCACGCAUCAUUUCAUCCACACCCACCGCCAUCGUCAUGGUCGUCGGCUACGAGACGCUAAAAAGACUGAGUUUGCGGCCCGAGCUGGUGGAUUCGAGACACUGGUAGAAGCUACCUGGACAUUCUUCACAUGGAUGUGCCAUUUAAGCUCUCAGCCCCGAAUUAGAGCCGCGUUAGAUUGAAAAGUGGCCGAUGGUACGCCUUUCUUGCUCUUUUAACAUGUGCUUGACUCAGAGUGGUAUGUUACUGUUGGGUUUUGGUAUGCUGCUGCUGUUAAACUGUCUUAUACCACUCAAAAAACUCAUUAUGCCGCUGCUGUGUGCAUUUAAAAUGGUGCUUCUAAAUGGCUUAUCUCUCCUGCUUCACUGGCCUGUCUAACGAGGCAACGACAGUGACGUACUGAUUUCAUGUGGCACACAGCAGUGAGUAAAGAGUCGGUGGCCAUGUACCGGUCAAACAGCAGAAACAUACCACUUAAGAUCAGCAUAUGACACUAAAAAAAAGGCACACUACGGGUAUUGCAGGGGGACGGUGGUAUCUAGAACGGGAGCAGCGUAUCAUUAGCCACUUUCAAACUCAGCGUCAAUCCUAAAUUUGACUUCAUUUGGAGGCACCGGAUGCAAGAAACUUUUUUUUGUUGAACAACAGCCUGGGGAUCAAAAUGCAAUCAGGCUCUUUUAAAAGACAAACCCAAUGUUUAAAAAUGCAUCUGACCAUUUGUAGUAACCUAUUAGUCAUUGAUUAAAUGUCUGGCUUAAACAAUCAUACCACACCCAUGUUUGCAGUUCGCUUAAGUCGCUGCUAAACAGGAUUAUUGCUUCGUAGUGCAAUUAGAAGGGGCCAGUACAGUGUUUUUUUUAACAGUGGAAGAAAUUGACAAAUCAUUGCAACUUUAUACGAUUUUUUUUUUCUUGAGAAAUGAAUCUAUGCUCUACAAUCUGCAUCUUUUGCAGUGGAUGAGAGUGGAUUGGUCGCUGGGAGAGAAGCUGUCAUUAUCCUGCUGUAGUGGUAUUGGCCCGAUAGCUGCUAGUUGUCAUCUGUGUUUGUGCCGUCUUUCCAAAAAACCAAACAGUGUUGGGGCAACAUCGCAACUUGGUUUUGACACAGACACGUUAUAUAACUCGUGGUGACGCAUUCAGAUAACCUUUAAACAAAUCUUUCCUGUUUGUUCCCUCGCUCUCACCAAAACUGGCUUCUACAUCUGUUCAUUGUUGGCCUUUUUUAAAUCGCUGCCUUCAUAGUGUGAAUUCAUUACGAGCAUUCUGCUUUUUAUUUUGUUUGCUGAAUAUUUAGCGAGAAAAACCAUACGUGUUAGACUUAGUGCAACGUGGCAGUCUGUGUGUCGUAGGUUUCUUUUUGAUUUACAGAUGUCGUGUACGCCUCAGUCCAAAAUUAACGACUUGACAAAUUCCAUUCAAACAAGCAAUCUGCAUAAAACACAUAGUGCAUAAAUAUAACAUAGUGGAAUGUUUUCCUGCUGUCAGUGUAGAAAAUAUUGCAGUUAAUGGCUGAUUCAGUUGCACAGUUAACUACCAGGAAGUGGAGCAUAAUUUAUGUGAAAUUGAAAGUUUUCCUUAUAUUGUGACACUAAAUGUUGAGUGCAAUAACUUAAAUGUUUUAUCCUUUCUCAGCACAAAAUGUGACGAUACAUUACUUGUAAAAUUGUGUGAAUAACAUGUCUUCAAAGAAUGUACUAUACCUAAUUUAUUCUGUUGCUUUUUGGGGGAGUUUUCUUUUAAGAUUAUGAGAUAAUGACCACAGAAGUGUCACAACUGUCACAUUUUUAAGUAGUUUUUUUCUCUCUGACUGAAGAUCAAUAACUUUUGAUUAGAUGGGCUCAUGCUGUUUAUUGCUUUUGUAUCGUUGUUGUUGUGUUUUUGGUCACUUUGUAGAACUGAUCGCAUUUUUAAAAAACUGAAUGUUAUAUUUCACUUUGUCAGCUGUUUUCAUAACAGAGGAAGCGGCUGUUUCAGGCAGUUUUUAAAGGCAAAAAGUCAACAAAGUGUCAUUAACAUUUAAGUGAUACCCACUAAACUUUGGUAUUCAGACUGUGGUGCAUUGACUGUCUUUUUAAAGGCACAUUUCACUAAACUUGCACCCUGGGGAGAGAAGGGUAAUGAAAUAAGUUUGACUACUGUCUUGAGUUUUUAUUUUCUUUACGCGGCUCACAGUAAUGAGUGAGAUUAUGUUGUCAGGAAGCUGUGGCAGCGAUCCACAGAGAGUAAUCCCCUCAAUGUAAAUCAGAAGCCAGCCGUCAUGUAAAGAGUACGCCCGGUUUUACAUCAUGUUUUAUGUGUUGUCUCUGUGUUUUGGUUCAACUAAG